AUGGCGGAAGGAAGUGGCAUCGAUCGCAAGGCGGAGGAGCGGAUGGAGUUUACAACCUCCAAGGAGGUCACGGUCCAUCCCACUUUUGAGUCGAUGGCUUUGAAAGAGAGCCUCCUCCGUGGCAUUUACGCCUACGGGUACGAGUCGCCGUCGGCGGUCCAGUCGCGCGCUAUCGUUCAGGUCUGCAAGGGUCGUGAUACCAUCGCGCAGGCACAGUCCGGAACGGGAAAGACAGCAACAUUUUCCAUCAGCAUGCUCCAGGUUAUCGACACGGCCGUGCGUGAAACCCAAGCACUCGUCCUGUCGCCCACACGCGAGUUGGCGACACAGAUUCAGAGCGUCGUCAUGGCCCUGGGCGACUAUAUGAACGUGCAGUGCCACGCUUGCAUCGGCGGCACCAACGUCGGCGAGGAUAUCCGCAAACUCGACUAUGGUCAGCACAUCGUCUCGGGUACACCAGGUCGCGUGGCUGACAUGAUCCGCCGCCGCCAUCUCCGCACCCGCCAUAUCAAGAUGCUCGUUCUGGACGAGGCCGAUGAGCUGUUGAACCAAGGAUUCCGUGAGCAGAUCUACGACGUCUACCGAUACCUUCCCCCCGCAACCCAGGUCGUGGUUGUUUCGGCCACGCUACCCUACGAUGUGCUGGAUAUGACCACCAAAUUCAUGACCGACCCCGUCAGGAUCCUCGUCAAGCGUGACGAACUGACGCUGGAGGGUUUGAAGCAGUACUUCAUCGCCAUUGAAAAGGAGGACUGGAAAUUCGACACGCUGUGCGAUCUUUACGAUACACUCACCAUCACACAAGCCGUCAUUUUUUGCAACACGAGGCGCAAGGUUGAUUGGCUUACUGACAAAAUGCGCGAGGCCAACUUCACGGUCAGCAGCAUGCAUGGCGAUAUGCCUCAAAAGGAGCGAGACAGUAUUAUGCAGGAUUUCAGGCAAGGAAACAGCCGAGUGUUGAUCUCGACCGAUGUCUGGGCUCGAGGUAUCGACGUCCAGCAGGUCAGUCUGGUCAUUAAUUACGACCUGCCCAGCAAUCGUGAAAACUACAUUCACCGCAUCGGCCGUUCUGGAAGGUUUGGUCGCAAGGGUGUUGCCAUCAACUUCGUUACUAGCGAGGACGUGCGAAUCCUCAGAGACAUUGAGUUGUAUUACUCGACCCAGAUCGACGAAAUGCCGAUGAAUGUGGCUGAUUUGAUCGCAUAA